UCUCUGUGCCGGAGUGCUGCCCUCUGCAGGAUGAAGAGGGAACAACCCGCUGGAACGGCAGACUGAAAUCAGCCUUUCCGGAACCGCAGAGGUUCGGUUUGAGCUGCAGGGGGAAAAAGUAAGAAAGAAAGGAAGGAAGACGGCUUUUGUCUCAAGAGCGGAGAGCUGUGUUGUUUCCUGAAGACGCCCAUCUCUGAAGUUCUGAGAUGAUAGAGGAGAAGAAGUACUUCUUUUCUAGACUUUAACCAAAGAAGAUUGUUUGGAUUCUUCGGAACCACACCUGCACGAUGACCGCAAACACCGCCAACGAUGGGGAUGGAUGCCGACAUACAAUUUCUCUGGACAUCUUCCUUCAUUUUUCACUCAUUCCAGCAGUGCUGAUUACAGGAGUGUUGUCAUUCCUCCAAACUCGAAGCCGUAAGCUCUUUAUUGACAACAGGGUGCCCUUCCUGGGAGGACGUUUUGCUGUGGUGGUGCCUUUGGAUACUUUGAGCAGCUUCAGCAACCGCUGGUCCUACGGCUUUGCAUUUGGUGCAAUGGCAAACUCUGCCAUUCUGUUCUUUCGGCAAGAAUUCCGGCCUUUUAUUCUCCCUGCCUGGGCAAUAGCUAUAGAGUUCUUGAUCGGAGCUCUAGAAUUGGGGCUGGUGUACUUCCCCUUUUUCGCCUGUCUGUCAACACCAUUUCGACUGGCUGGAUCGGUGAUGGGAAUACUUUACUCUGUGUUCUGGAUCACCAUCACAGUCUGGGAUGUUGUCACCUGUCCUGACAUUUUGGUGAAGGGUUUUGUAAAAAGAGAGAGGAUCAUUUUCCAGUGGCCCACCAUCCUGUCCCUUGUCUUCCUGCUGGGACGAUUUCUUCACAUGUUGCUCAAAGACAUCCGCAUUCGUUUACACCUGGCAGAAAAGGAUUCAGAGACCCUGGUUGUCACACACCAGGUGCAGCAUGUUAAGAGGUUGCUGAGCAGAAGAGGUGAGCAAAGUAAACCACUCGGCUGGUUUCAGAGAUGGGUGUAUGAGUGGGACCCCUUCUUCAAGUUUCCAACUCGGAUCAUUGGCACUGUCAUAUCCAUCAUAGGCCUGUACAGGCUGACUUUUGAAGACUUCUUUUGGAGUCGUCCUUUUUUCACGUUACUUUCAUCUUUGUAUGACGGACCAACGUAUGUGGAGUUCAUUGAAGUUGCCAAAAUCUCAUGGUUCACCGCCACCAUCUUGACCUGUUUCACUUCCUGUGGCUACAUUCUCCACAUUUUGGCAUGUUACAGGAAGCAUCUGAGGAGAUUUCGGACUGGACUGAAGAGCUUUCUUCCUUUGAAGCUUCAACAACCCGAGGCUGCUGUGUGUGUAGCUUCCAUCGCACGGUAUUCUGGAUGCCAAAUAGCAUUUACUUUGUGGGGCUAUGUUAUCGUCCAUGUUGUCCUGUACGUGUUUGCUGUGUUUGUUGCGUAUGCACUGGUUAUUCCCAUCAAGAAUGGAGAGGGGCUGCCCCUGCUCCAGCAGUGGGGCGCUGCAAUACUGAGUGUUGGGCUGGUCAUGGCUUUAAAAACUGCUCAGACAGUUUUUGUUCAGACCUUCUUCCUUCAGGACAAAAUCUCUCCCACAGACAAACAGAAGCCUCUGGCUCUGGACAACAGGAAGGGAUUCAGUUGCUUCAGCUACUUCUUUUUCAUCUACAACGUUGCUGUGGGUUUGACCACAUGCAUAUUGAGACUGGUGAUGAGCAUGGUCAUUGGAACAGUGCUGGUGUCUCGCAUUGACAGAAGCAUCAUGCAGAAGGGAUAUGAAAGGCUGGAUGCAGGCUACGUGACAUGGGUGGGGAUGAUCUUUGCUGAUCAUUAUCACAACAAUCCCGUCAUGCUGAGUUUCUGUCAGUUGCUGUGCUCCAACACUGUGGAGGACCAGAGUAAACCUUCAUACUCCUUACUUCAUAACGCUACAUCUGGAUCCUUUGCCAGUGUCCGAGCCCGGAAGCGCUGGAUGUUGUCAUACACCCUGCUGAGGAACCCACAUCUGAUCCUGUUUCGAAAGCAUCACCUGUCCUCUUCAUCCACUGCUCAGUCAGAGACGGCAGUGCAAGCUUGGGUCCUGGCGUCUCAGAUUGAGGGCCGUGAAACACAGGCCUCACAGUAGGACAGAUGCUGGUAUUUUGACCCAAGGGCUAAACAAGUGAAGGUCUUUACGCUCUUCCCUUUUUCAAUCUCUUUUGUCCAUUCAGUUGAAUCUUUGUUUCUUUAUAGUUUUUCCCUGUUGCUUUGGCUCAUUUCUUGAAACAGAAAUUAAAUUUAUUAAAAUAAAAGAUCAUUUGGCUAAACACACUUACACUUUUCCAAAACAGUCCAGAUCUCUAGAAAAAACAAGUUUUUUUCACCAAAACUCUUCAGCAGCUCAUUCCUUUCCCAAGUAAAGUGUCAGAGUCCUCGUAAUAACAUGGAUCCUUCUCAGGUGAUUUUGCGCAUUCAUUUUGUUCUCUUGUCAAACAACCUGGAUUUUCCAGCAAAACACCAUUUGUCAUCUGCAGACGCUCAUAUAUCCUCCAAAACUCUUUACUUUUGGGUCAAAAUGAAGUUUUUUACUCACACGGAUGGUCAGAGCCCUCAAAAAGAAUUGUCUCUUUGUCAGUGUGUGAGCUCUGCAGGUCAAACCGCUUAGAUGUUUUGUCACAAUAGAAGUCGGGGUAACUACACGUAGCGAGCAUAAAAGAUUUCAAAGUAUGUAUGUAAUGUAAAAACUAACCCCUCCCCCCAAAAAAAUCAAAGCAGCCCACAGUACUGCAAAUGGCCUUCUUGUAAGGUUCACUGGUCACUGUUAGUCUCCUCCCUCUCAGGGUGAUCAUUGAUGCUCCUGGCCAUCCAGACGCUCUUCUCUGUUUGGCCAAAGAUUUUCAUCCACAGCAAAUGUUUUCCCUUGCAAUGCAGCGGGAA